UAAGGCCCAACUCACGCCUACUCCUCCAUAGCCAACCAGCCAGGCAUCCCCCAAACCAGAUAACCAACAAAAUUGUCCAACCGAACGGCAGACAGACAGACAGCCAGACAAACAUCAAAGCGUAAUGAUCAUUAUCUGCCAGUUUAUUCGAAUAGCGCCAAGCUUUCUGUUUUGAUGGUAUUGGUUUUUUGGAUUACCAACCUCUUUGCCGUUGUCGUUGUUGCUGCUGCUCCGGGUGCUGCGACAGCUAUUUCAGCUCUGCUGCCAUGGCUACCUUCCUCUCAGUUAUUGUCAUUUGUUGUUGGGGUGAUUGUUUGGCGUGUUAUUUUCGAUGCCAUUAAACUUCUUUAUCUGCUGGAUAAAGCUGUAAAUAUCCGCGAGAUUUACUACACGACGCGUGUCAUUUCGUUAGCCAAGCGAUUGCCAAUUGGAAACAGCAUAACUCUCCUACACGAUUUUUUUUGGCGUUCUUUUUUCCUGGAGGUGAAAAGAAAGGAAUAAAACAAAACAAAACACCGCCGCCGCCGCCGUACGUACGUCCAACAAGAAACGAAACGAAAAAAAAACAAAAUCAAAAUAAACGUCCGGCCACAUUGAGGCCCAAAAAUUGUUCAACCAUACGACAAGGCGAGUCAGUCGAUGGCUGCUGGACAUUUGGCCUUUGUGAAGUCUCCGGCCGCCAUAUGCAAUUGCAUUAAAUCGCGUUGGCAUCCUAUCCUCGAGUUUACGGUCAGCAAUUGUGAAUCCCAUAUUCGCCGACUGGGUCAUUGUUCUUGAAGAAAAAGAAGAAGAAGAAUUUGCUGCAGCAUCCGCCAUUCACAUCCGUUAAGGUUAACAUAUUCUCCAUGGAAAAUAUGUUGUAACGGUCAUCGGGUAGUUUGGGUAGGUCGUUGCCUGCGGUCAUUGCUGACCCCGCCAACUCCUUUGCUCGGCAUCUGUGUCAGUUUGUGUAAUAUCAGUGAUUUGAAAUCUGCUCGUAUUGUAAAAUUCCCAAACGUGCUGUGACGUUUAAUUUCGAAUGGCGGCUUUUAUCACAGAAUUAAAUUGCUAAAAAAAAGAAGGAAAAGAAGAAGAAAUCGUUCAAGCUGCUUCCAAGUGAACACAAUACCCACGAAGGAUACAAAAUGAAAUAAAGAAAAUUUUCUCAAAAAAAAAAAAAAAAAAAAAAAAAAAAAAUACAAAGUGAUUUUUUCGGAGGUGUUGUAAGCCGUAACAAUUGUAAGAACGAUUUUCAGGUGCUAACAAAAUAAUUGUAGCAUUGAACGAAACAAAAAUAUAUUGAAGAAAAAAAUCGAUAACAUCGCGAAAUUUAAGAAAACAAAGGCUGAUUUUCCCAUCAUCACCGGUGAAUCUUUAAGCAUUUCCCAUUGCGCGACAUCUUCUGUUUGCCCGCCACCAUGUUGGUCCCACCUGAUAUGAUGGCCGCCCAGACGCGCAUGAUUUAUCAAAUGAAUCGCUACUGUGCCGAACGUGUCCAGGCGCGAAUGUUCAAAACAGCCACAGCCAUAAGAGAAAUUUGCAAAAUUGUCCAGGACAUCCUUAAGGAGGUGGAAUUACAGGAACCCCGUUUUAUUUCCAGUUUAGUGGAAUGUAAUGGCCGAUUUGAAGGCGUCGAAGUCAUCUCUCCCAAUGAAUUCGAAAUCGUCUUGUAUCUCAAUCAAAUGGGUGUCUUCAAUUUUGUCGAUGAUGGCACCCUGCCCGGCUGUGCUGUCCUCAAGCUGAGCGAUGGCCGCAAACGUUCCAUGUCACUGUGGGUGGAAUUCAUAACAGCAUCGGGUUAUCUGUCAUCACGUAAAAUACGCGCCAGAUUUCAAACCCUAGUUGCACAGGCAUGCGAUAAGAGUAUUUAUCGAGAUAUGGUAAAAAUGAUUGGCGAUACAACGGAAGUGAAGCUGCGAAUUCGUGAACGAUUUAUAGUUCAAAUAACACCGGCAUUCAAGUGUUCCGGCAUAUGGCCGCGUUCGGCAGCACAUUGGCCAAUGCCGCAUAUACCGUGGCCGCAUCCGAGUAUUGUGGCUGAGGUGAAAACCGAAGGAUUUGAUUUGUUGUCCAAGGAAAGUGUUAUAUUUCAGAAUAAAAAUAAUAAUGCCGCCAGCAUGGAAGGCGAUGCAUGGGUGUUGAGUUUUUUCGAGGCCGAAAAUCGUCUGCUGCAAGGUGGUUGCCGCCGUCGCUGCUUGAGUAUCUUGAAGACUCUGCGUGAUCGUCAUUUAGAAUUACCCGGCAACCCGAUAACGGCCUAUCACUUGAAGACGCUACUGCUCUACGAAUGCGAAAAACAUCCUCGGGAUUUUGAAUGGGAUGAACCGUGUAUUGCCGAUCGUAUAAAUGGCAUAUUCCUUCAGUUAAUAUCCUGUCUGCAAUAUCGAAGAUGUCCCCAUUAUUUCCUACCAACCUUGGAUUUAUUUAAGGGUAAAUCGCCGAGCGCCUUGGAACAGGCCGCCAAACAAGUCUGGCGUUUAACAAGAGAAAUGCUAACAAAUGCCAAUGCCUUUGAAAAAUUGUAAAAGAAACUCCGGCAAGAAAGCCGACAGCGGGAAGAAGAGUCAAAAAUGUUGCAAAAAAAAAAAAAAACGAGAAUGAAUGUGAGAAUAAUAAGAAGUCUGCUGCUCUAAGCAAUAUAUAAGCCAUGUAUAAUAAAAAAAUAAACGAAACGAAACCAUAAUUACACUGAAGAUUUAGAGGAUCAGUAAAACAAUCCUCGUUGAAAUUUUUCUUUUUUUGUUUCAUAAAUCAAAACAUUUUUUAACUUCAAUGAACAAAAAAAAAAUAUAAAAGAAAAAAAAAAUAAAAAUGAAAAAAAAUAUUGUCCAAAAAAAACCCUCUAACAACACCAAUCACCAUCAGGCCAGAAUGAUGGUAUCCAUAAUCUAGAGAUCAUAGAUAAAAUCCACACCAAAAAAACUCAAAAUAUCCAUAUGUGAACACCAACAACCAAACUAUUCACCCAUGCCACACAUAUUCCUUCACACAUGAGCAUGAUACAAAAUAAUCUUGAUUUGGCGGAGGAUAAUCCCUUGGUAAACAGUAUCCCCUGCCUGCCUACCUACUUAUCUAUCGACAAUGGAACAAAAAAAAACAGAACACAACACCGCCACAUUGUUCGCCCUUCCAUCCAGCAUAAAGAUCAAGAUAAAUUUGCACAUGAUUAUAAGUCUAUAAUAGUUGCUCAUUCAUAGUCUAUAUAGCCUACACUCGAGAAAAAAAAUAAUCUCCCAUAAUCCACCCCAUCAUAUUUAAUAUACUAAUUACUUCGGAAAUCUUAAUACGCCACAACUAUGUAAAAUAUACUCCUGAUUAUAUUUUCACAUGUAAUUUGAAAUAUAUUUUUUCAAAUUCGAAUCGAAAUUUUAAAAAGUUAUUUGAAAUGAAUUCUUCCCCCACAAAAUGCAAAAAUUACAAGAAAACCGAGUAAAUUUUGAAUGUAGAGAUAUAAUUCUAUAUUGGCCUUUUAAAAGUUGACAUCGAAAGGUUUCUCAAAAGUAGGAUGGAGAAGUUCUGUCCAUGUUUACAUUGUUGGAAAUAUUCGAAUUAAAAUUUCUUGGACUCCAUACAUUUUAAGUACAUAAUGCCUUCAGCAAUGUUACUGUUAAGAUUUUGAGAAAUAUUUUACCCUCAGUUGAGCCAUUAAAGAGAUAUUUUAAGAACUUUUCUUCUUAAACUCCAUUAAAAAGUGAUAGUCAUAAAAUUUACUACAGGUCUCAGAAUAUACCAUAGCGCACCUAAAAGUCGAACACGGAAAAAAUAAAAAAAAAAUAUAAAAAGAAGCAAAUUUUCAUAUAAUUUUCCCCAUAUUUAUACCCUCAGCCAUAUGACUAGAGUAGGUUUACCCUAGAUCUCUUUGGAAAAAAUCCGUUUCAGGACAUAUUUUCAAACUUAGAUCGAGUUCAGAGAUGUUCCACUCCUUCUGGUACUUCCCCACAAAAUGUCAACAUUUACAAAUAAAAUAAUUUACUGCACAGAAAGAGAAAGGAUAAUCCGAUUUUGUUCAAACUUUUCAAAUCUUGAUAUUUUCACCAGUGAUACAACAUUUGCACAAUAUCGGUCUACUCCAUCCAGUACCUCCCCCAUAAAGGGUCAAAAUUUUGCAUAACACACACAUCGCAAUAUUCUUAUUAACCAAAGGUCUCGUGUGAAGAUGGGAUAUAUCGGCUCACUCUUUCUGGUACCUCCCCACAAAGGGUCAAACUUUUGAAUAUUCUUGAAGCUCAUAAAACACAAAAUUAACAUCCGAUUCCACUCAUGCUUGGCACAUCUCAAUAUUUCCAUAAACACAAGAUCUGUAUUAAAGAUGGCAGGGAUCGGAUCAUUUCUUUUGUACCUCUCCCACAUAUGGUUCGACAUUUUGAAUAACCAAAAGGAUCAUAAAGUCCGAAAUUAGCAUCCACCUCUCUUCAAAUUUCACUCAUCCAAAUAUUUUUGCUAACACAAGAUCUGUUGUGAAGAUGAUGUAUAUCUGCCCCUUUUGGUACCUCACCCACAAAGGGUCAUAAUUUUCAAUACUACGGUGAUUCUUUACAAUUUGCUUUAUCUAGAUAUUUCUCUUAACCAAAAGUCUGAUAUAUCUGAUCUGAUAUAAAUGCUCGAUUUCCUCCAAAUGUUGCACCAAUAUUUAUAUUGUAUUAGAUGAAGUAUGAAAUUUUAAUCUCGUAAAAAUCUGCAAUAAAGUCAAGCGCCAUAAUUUUUAAUUUUAUUGAAUGAAAACAAAAAAUGUCGGAAAUGGGAUCAAAUUUUAGAAUGAGUUUAGAUUUGUUCGAAUUGGUCACCUUUGGCACGAAUUAUGACUUUAAAACGGCUAUUGAAACCGUCACACGCUGCCUUUGUCUGCGAUAUUUUGGCACAUUCCCGGCAAAGCGCUUGCUUGAGGUGAUCGACACUUUGGUAUGUUUUAGUACCAACCUUGCUUUCCAAAAUACUCCAGACACAAUAGUUCAACGGACUGGUAUCCGGAGAUUUUGCUAGCCAUUGUGCGCUGGAAAUGAAACGAGGAACCUCAUUUUGUAAGAAUUUUUGGGUGGCGCAUGCUGAGUGCGAUGCUGCUGAGUCCUGUUGGAAUGUCCAAGGUCUGUGGCCAAAAUGUUCGCAUGCCUAAGGCUUUAAUACUCCCUCUAGAAUAUAUUCUCGAUAAUAUUCGGCAUUUAUUCUUAUGCUACGGUCGAUUAAUACGAGCGGAGGGCGACCAUCGGCUGUUAUGGCGGCCCAUCACCAUGGCCAGCGCUUGAUGGCCAACCGAAGAUGUACAUUUUCAGCUGACCUCUUUGGCAAGUAAACGCGAUCAUUUUGUUUGUUUACAAACUGCUGGACAACGAAUGUUUUCUCAUCGGAGAAAACCAAAUUCGGCAGUUCACCACUUUUGGCUAACCGAAGCAACUCUUAAGCUCUUUUGAGUCUAUUUUCUUUCCGUUGUUUCUUUUCUUUUGUGUAAGUUCUUGCACUUUUUAGAAUUUCAAUGGCUUUACCCCGAGCUCAUUUUUUCAAUAUUUGCGGAAUGGAAUAUUGCGAUAUGUUCAGUUCACGAGCCAUUUUUCGGUCAUUUUUCUGGAAAAUUCUCACCAAAAUGAUUUUGUACGCUUGUAAACAAUGUAAUGACAAACAAUGUCGGACAAGUGGCUUAGAAAUGACAGCAGUCUGAAGUCGGUUGCAGUUUUUUCAUCUCACCCUGUAUAUACUUUAUGGAGUCUACGACGAAUAUUUAGGAAUGUUACAAACGGAAGGACAAAAUUCCGUUUCAAGGUGGAGGGUAUAAAAAUAGAAGACCAUGUAUCAGCGUUUUGAAAAUUUAAAAAUCGCUGAUACAUCUUCAUAUUUUUGAAAAAUUUCGGGUUAAGAUCCCUUGCAAUCCAUGCAGUUUAGUUAUAUAGUUUCUUUGGCAAUAUUAGAGGCAACAGUACGAAGAGUAUUUUGAUUUUAAAUAUUAACCCUCAAAAUAUGGUUAAAACUCUCUUUAAACGGGAUCGUAGCAAGUUCUUAUAUUCAAAAAAUUUAAUUGUCAUAAAUUUGUACCAUAGGUCUGAGAAGAUAUCAAAACCCUAAUUCUUACCUAAAUGCCAGGAAUUCAUAUUUAUUGAAACGGGUUAAAGCUAUUGUUGAAAUUACAUGUGAAAAUAUAUGAAAUUAACCUUUACUCCAAAUCGGAAAAACAUACUGUAUACGAUUAGAAUUAAAUACAAUUUUUCAAAUAGGUGCAUGUUCCCCUUUUUAUGCAAUAAAAUCUAUCCCUUAAUCACUACCAUUUACACUUCCUAUUUGUUAGAAGAUUAAAUAGUUAUUAUAAUAAAAAAAUGAAAUAUUUUGAGAAAAUUUUACGAUUAUAUAAUUUUGAAUUAAAUUUAAAAAAGAAUAACUUACGAUUUACGUAUUCUAUGUGCAAUUUGAUAAACUAAUA